AUGGACCCUUCAACUGGCCUUCCCCGACAUUCGAACGACGGUCAAGCAGUUCUCAGUGGUUUAUAUCAACGACUUCGAACAAAUAGACAACAGCGAAGAUCGUUCCUUACCAGUGUUUUAAGGUUGUUCAGUGAAGAUUCUCGAGAGAAGUUGAGGCUGGAAGAAUGGAUUUUUGUAGCUGACAAUGUGGCAAUGUUCCCAUACCAGGUUAUGGACGAACCCUUAUACGUGAUCCAUACUAUCGACUCUAUUGUUGCCCUUUCUGGUCAAUCAUUGCUUGUCCAGUGUAAGGCACAUUUGCGUGCUCGUCAACAGUUUUACUCACCUCAGCAACAGCAGCAAAAGAGCCUGUCGGUCACUGAGGACGAUGACCUCCUUUUCGAACCUGAAACUCUUUACAAUCGUUUCCCCGAAGAGAAAGGUCCGCUUUACGAUUUGAUGGAUAACAGCCAAGCGUGCUUUAUUUUACUAUACCUCAAAAACUUUCUCAUGAAGCUUUAUGGAUUCACUGAAGCCAAGGUGCAAGAAUACUCCCCCUCUGAAGCAGCCAAGGUUUAUGAGAAGGCUCUGUCAUCGCGAAAGAACAUACCAAUGUUCAAUCCGCUGGCUGCGUUGGAUGGUGGUCGUCGUCGUGAUGGAAGUGCUAACGACCCAUUAGCUAAUGAUCGUCAAAGCAUCCAAAGUCACUUCAACCUGGCUACAAAAAUCUGCAACUUCCGCAAAUUAUUGCUUUCGCUGGAUCGAAUGGAGAACGACGAUGAUAGCGAUCCUGAAGGUGAUAUUGCCAUAGCUGCGAAAGAGCAAGACUACGACGAAGACGCUGACGGCUGCGUUGAACCCAACACUGAAUCUGCCGAAGUUGAUUCUUAG